AUGGAAAGGUCAUCAAAGAAUUUGUACCUCCCAUCGAAACCUUUUGCUUUUCCCAUUCCUCAUUAUCCACUACAUUUAGAGUCGAAAGAAUCAAAAAAGAAAGAAACAACUAAACCAAAGAAACACCGCGACGUCCGUUUGCGAGAAAUCACUUUUGCUACUAUAAUAAUCCCGUCACACCGUGUCGCGCAAAACCCUAAAGAGGUCCGUUUAAAGUCGAUGAGUCUCACGCUUGACCAAAUGAAACAAAACGUCGAGUGUCCACGUAGCCCAGAUGACAAAGAGAAAAGUGCUGCUUUACUUGCACAGAUUGCAAAAGAGCCACUUCCGGUCACACAGUAUCGCAGAUAUCAGAUCUUGGCUAUUAAACAACGAUUUCCUGAAGCGAGUGAAAGGUGUAUAGGUAAUUUAUUUGGAUGUGCUGGUGGCGCUAUUAACGAUCAUUUACAUCGAGCCGUAAAGGAGGCGUCUUCGGGAAGACAAAUCGCAGGGAGGAAAAAAAGCUCUAGCGACGCAAACGAAACAACAGAACCAAAUGCAUCACAUGGAUCUCACUUGUGUUUCUAA